CCGAACCAAAUGGUUUACUUUUUUAAGCUAAACUCAUAUGCAAACAAAUUACAGGCAAACACGUAACCAUUGGUUGUCAACUGAAGCGAGAACCGGCAGCUAAGCAAUCAAACAAGGGAUUCAGACCCGCGAACACCUCAACCGGACUUUCAGCGGACCAGUUCAACGUGUGACACAUCGGCGAUUCGAUUUGCAACCAGAUUCGAUCCAAGUCAAAUCCGAAUCCAAAUCCCCGAGAAUCUGAUAAAUCUGCCAGGUUGGCGGUUGCUGGAGUGUGACGUGUGAACCCGCGACCCGCAACAACUAUAUACAUAUAGUAGAUGCCGACGAUUCCAGCUGGGCCUGUGCCCGAUGCUGGACACGCUUGUUGGACACGGCUGCUCGACACGGAUGCUAAGCUGUAGAAGAGCCAGCCUAGGGCUUCCAAUCCCACCGAAUCUCAAUCCGAAUCAGAUCAGCCAGCUUCACGCCAAUGCCGCAGCAGCGGUAGAGUCGCAUUGCAGCAGACAACCACCACCGCCAACACCACCACCCACCAAUUCCCCCCAAAAAGAUGCGAACGCGCAAAGUGCUGCUGGUAAUUGGCUUUCUGGUUACGUGGACCUAUGCCACCUACUAUUUGCUGUUGCGUCAAACGGGCGUUCACACGAGUCGGAAUCUCGUCCAUCAGUCCUACAGGCUCAACUCGCAGGCUCGUGAGGCCAGCAAGCAGAGUCAUAAUCUGGCCAGGAACGUCUUUGAGUUUGUUAAAAUCAAGUACUUGGAGAACCAGCCCCCGUCGCCAGCCUCCACGCCCCAGAUCAGCAUCGUCGCAGCCGAGAUAUCAGCAGAGCUGACUGAACAGCAUGUGUCCAAGUCGACCACGGCGCAUAUUCCAACCAAAACAUAUCUGGCCAACGGCGAGCCCGUCUUCCCAGUCUUGGUCUUCGCCUGCAAUCGGGUGUCGGUGAAAAAAUGCAUCGACAACCUAGUGCAGUACAGGCCCAGCGUAGAGCAGUUCCCCAUUAUUGUGUCACAGGACUGCGGCGAUGAGCCCACCAAGGAGGCAAUCCUCUCGUAUGGUAACCAGCUGACACUCAUCGAGCAGCCAGAUCUCAGUGACAUCACAGUGAUGCCGAAAGAGAAGAAGUUCAAGGGAUACUAUAAGAUAGCUCGCCAUUACGGUUGGGCUCUGAACACCACCUUCGGCGUGGGCUUUGAGUUCGUCAUUAUUGUCGAGGACGAUCUAAACGUGGCGCCCGACUUCUUCGAGUAUUUCCUUGGCACACACAAGUUGCUCAAGCAGGACCCCAGUCUGUGGUGCGUGUCCGCCUGGAACGACAACGGCAAAGCUGCCGUUGUGGAUGCGGCACAGCCGGAGCUGCUCUACCGCACCGACUUCUUCCCCGGUCUCGGCUGGAUGCUCACCAGAGAUCUGUGGGCCGAGCUGUCGGUCAAAUGGCCAAAAUCCUUCUGGGAUGAUUGGAUACGUCAUCCAGCUCAGCGCAAAGAUCGCGUGUGCAUUAGGCCUGAAAUAUCGCGGACCCGAACGUUUGGAAAAAUAGGCGUAUCCAACGGUUUGUUCUUUGAUAAGUAUCUGAAGCACAUUAAACUCAGUGAGGACUUUGUACAGUUCACUAAAAUCAAUAUGAGCUACCUGCUGAAGGACAAUUACGAUAAUACGUUUUUACGGCGUGUUUACACGUAUCCCAUUGUUACAUACGAUGAACUGCGCCGGAACCUGAUCAGAAUUGAAGGUCCAGUUCGCAUCCAAUACACCACUAGGGAGCAAUACAAGCGGACAACAAAAAUGCUGGGGCUGAUGGAUGAUUUUAAGAGUGGUGUUCCGCGGACUGCCUACCAUGGCAUCGUCUCCUUCUAUUACAACAAACGGAGGGUGCACUUGGCACCCAAUGCAAACUGGAAGGGAUACGAGCUCUCUUGGAGCUAACGACGCUAAUGUCGGGACACAGCCAACUCCACCUCCACCUUCACUACCACACAGCUAGUUCCGUGUGCUUGUAAUACCAAAAAAUAGCCCUAUGAUAUUUUAUUUUUGUUUGACCAAUUAGCUAAGUUGUAACUAUGGAAUCUCCUUAAAACCGGCAGCAGUCGCAUAGACUGCGCUGUUUGCCAUCGCGUAGGAAAGGGAGUUUAAGGGUAUCCAUAAUUGCUCAUGUAAAGAGACAUCACAAACUCCCUGAACUACGAGCCUACUGUUGGCGUAACGAAAUCAAAUCAAAAGAGUCUCCACUAUGUAUAGUAGUUAACCGAACUGUGUGGCUAUGGCCAAAAGUUUUCCAUUCUAGCAUGCCACACAAGCAACGCAAUGAAUUGUAAAUAAGUCAGUGUCGUUCGCUUUUGUUACAGCUCUCUCUCUCUCUCAAUUUAUCGUGUUACAUUGCAAAUAGUUAUAGCAACAAUUAAGUUAUAGUAUUCAGCAUGUAACGUUUAGCAUUUAAGUUGAUCCAACUCGAGUUCUAACGGCAACGGACGUGUAAUAUUUGUGAUUUGUGAUUAUUUAAUUUACAUUUAUUAAUUGUUGAGAGUCAGUCAGUAAACAAUACCCGACCCACAAUGUAACAUAGAAUAGCAAUAACUAGAGCUAGAACUAGAACUAGAACCAGAACGAGAACUAGACCAGUGCUAAGCCACAAGGGGUGAGCCAAUAAUCCCGGGCAGGUCUGAAAGUGUGCCACUCUCAGCUAGUUGUAAAGGAAUCUACACAGACAAGACACGUACUACCCCCUAUGACUACCCUUUGUAUGAGCAUAUUUUUGUGUGUGAGAGACGUACGGAACAUAAAUUCUAAAGAUUAA